AUGUCGCGCAACGCGAUUUCCAGGCUGGGGGAUAAUCCCUCCGACGACAUCUGCCCAGUCUGCAAAUCGAACCGAUACCUCAAUCCCUCCCUCCAAUUCCUCAUCAACCCCGAAUGCUACCACAAAAUGUGUUCGACGUGCGUAGAUCGCAUCUUUACAUCCGGACCAGCAUCCUGCCCUGUACCGCGAUGUGGGAAAACCCUGCGCAAAAGGGGUUUUCAUAAAGCGUUCUUUGCGGAUCUAAAGAUUGAGCGCGAAGUGGAUGUGAGGAAACGGGUCGGAGCGGUGUUCAACAGGAGACAGGACGAGUUCGAGACAUUGCUGGACUGGAAUAAUUAUUUGGAGGAGGUCGAAGGCUUGGUCUUUGAUAUCGUGGAGGGAGAUGCCAAGACGAGAGCACAAGCGGAGGAGAAAUUAAAGGCGUACAAGGAGGCGAAUAGCGGGGAGAUCGAGAUGAAUACGAGGUUGGGCUUGGAAGAGGGAGAAUUGGAGAAGAGGAGAGAGAAAGCAGAAAGAGAAGCUGCUAGGCAGAGGCGACUAGCAGCACUGAAGGAGGAGGAGGAGGAGAAGGCUGAUUUGCUGAAGAACCGGAAGGAAGUUCUGGAUCGGCUGGCAACAGAGGAUGGCGAUGCGAACGCGAUUGCUAUGCAGGCUCAGAAGGUCAUUUUGAAGAAAUCGAGUGCAAGGAGGAAUCUGGCCGAUACCCAGAUGGAGACUAAUAAGAGCGCGAUGGAUUCUGGGCUUACCAUCAGAGGGCUUAAGAAGAAAGAAGCACCGGUUGUGGAAAAGCCUUACGAUCCAUUUGGAGGCGUGGAUCUUACACCGUCGAGAUACGUGCUACAGGAAAGCUAUGAUAGUGAAUGGCUGGGAAACGCAAAGAGAGAUAUGCGACAUAUGGCUGGAGGGUACAGUCUUCAGGAGUACUACGCACGAACCAUGUUUGAAGCCUUCUCUGGCUUGGGAGUUUUCAUCGAGGAUGAGGUUGCUGAUCGAGGUCAGCCGGCACCCCCUGCUGUGGGAACAACCCCUGCUGUGGGAGCAAUUGCUUCAGGCGAGGAGCCUCAAAGCAAACCAAAGCCGCAGUAUAAGAUGGAGUCGGACGACGUUUUCUGA